AUGGUAUAAAUAGAUAAAGGAAAAUUACUUUUUGAGUUCAGUGAUUUCGACUUGUCGGGAAUUCUAAAAGAAUGUAUGAGUUUAAUAUAAUUUCAAGCUUAAUUAAAACAAAUAAAUUUACUUUUAGAAAUAAAUGCCAAUAUAGCAUAUAUACGAUCAGAUGAAAAAAGAAUUAAAUAAGUAGUUUUGAAUUUACUUUCAAAUUCAAUAAAAUUUACUCAUGAAGGACAUAUUAAAUUAAAAAUAUACUUAGCUGAAUAAAAAACUAUUUGUGUGGAGGUUUCUGAUACUGGAAUAGGUUUUAGAGAACAUUAAAAAUAAUACAUAAUAGAUGCUUUAAAAAAUAAUAAUGAUAAUAUUCUUGUAGAUGAUGUUUUUGGUUUAGGAUUUGGACUUUCUAUAUCGAAUAUUUUGGCUAAAGGAUUGAGCGGUGGUAAUAAAAGUAUAGAAUUAUCUUCAUAAUAAAAUAAAGGGUCUAUUUUUAAGUUUUAUAUAAAAAAUCAUACUAGUGAUGUUAUAUGUUGUGAAAUGGUUUAAAGAGAAUGUCUUGUUCAUAAUUAGAAUCAUGUAAUAUAAUAGAUUAUUAAGAUAAUUAUGGAAGAAAUUUAAGUAAUGAAAUGA